AUGACAUAUGAAUUUCCCCCAUCUUUCACUACUCAAUUUUAUCCAUAUCAUCCCAAUAUCACCACUGUUACUCCAUUUCCAUCUUAUUCCACAAACAUUUCUCCUUUAACUUCAUCUCAAAAUGUACCCUAUAAUCAUGGAUACACACCACAUCUACAACCUACAUAUGACUAUUACACACCAUUCUAUCAACAAAAUAUCUCAACUCCUUUUAUUCCUUCAUACCAACCCACACCAGAGCUAUCAGAUUCAACAUCUCAUGAACAUUCUUCCAUUUCACCUCAUUUACAUCCAUCCUAUACCAUUUCCCAACAAACUCACCUGCCCACAGAUUCAUUUCAAGAAACAUUUUACCAAGAGUUAGAAACUCUAAAACAAUAUGUGAUUGAGACUCAUGAGAUCUCAAACAAAUAUAGAGAAGAUUUGAAAGAACAGAUUCAAAAUAUUUCUGAUUCACUGAAAAAGUCACAGCAAAAAUUUAAAGAAAAAUAUGCUUUCAAGAGAAAUGUAGAGGAACAGACAGAAAAAAAAGAAAAUUCUGGUUCACACAUAAUUUCUCCGGCGAAAUUUCCGGUGUCUACUCCGGCAAGCAUUCCGACAGCAUCUCCGGUACAAAAACCCGAUGGUAUCCCGACAUCCUUUCCGGUGAUAACUCAGGUGACUACUCCGGCGAAAAAUCCGACGGUAUCCCCGACAUCUUUUCCGACGAUAACUCAGGUGACUACUCCGGCGAAACCACCGGAUCUGCAACCAAAACCAUCAAAGCCAUCGUCUCCACCACCACCAGAUUUGUUGCCUUUGACAUCACCUCUAGUGUCAUCUUCUCUGAUAUUAAUGACAGAAACAUUGAAACAACAAUCAGUGAUGUUCUCAAACCCAUUUUUGCGACCACCAAAAAAACCACCGGAUUUGUUAUGGCCAUCGGGAACACUGACAGGCUUGCAAGGAUCUCCGGUAGAACAACUAUCAUUUUUAUACUGCUUCCUUAAUUUGGAUUAUUAUUUAGUAUUGUUGGAAAGAAAAGGAAACACAGAGGUGUGGAAGAUGAGGAAAGAAAGAAAAGAGAGAGGAAAGAAAAGAGAGAGGAAAGGUUUUCAAUGUACUAUCUCUCCAUGUGAUAGUAUAAUUAUCUCUCUCACUCCCAAUACAAUCUUAUGUGAAGCUAAAUGA